AUGGCGAUCAGGCCGGGACCUCUGACCGAAUGGCCAUGGGAGAGGAUGGGCAACUUCAAGUACCUGGUGAUGGCGCCGGCGGUGGUCCACGGCGUGCACCGGGUGGCGACCAAGGGGUGGGGCGACGUCGACGUCGCCUACGCGCUCAUCCUGCCCUCGCUGCUGCUGCGCAUGAUCCACAACCAGAUCUGGAUUAGCAUCUCGCGCUACCAGACCGCCCGAAGCAAGCACCGCAUCGUCGACCGCGCCAUCGAGUUCGAGCAGGUCGACCGCGAGCGAGGAUGGGACGACCAGAUCAUCUUCAACGGGCUGCUCUUCUUCUUGGGCUACCUGGCGCUGCCCAGCGUGCGGCACUUCCCGCUGUGGCGGACGGACGGGGCGGUGAUGACGGCGCUGCUGCACGCCGGGCCCGUCGAGUUCCUCUACUACUGGUUCCACCGCGCGCUGCACCACCACUUCCUCUACUCCCGGUACCACUCGCACCACCACGCAUCCAUCGUCACAGAGCCAAUCACAUCGGUGAUUCAUCCUUUUGGCGAACACAUCGUCUAUUUCACGCUCUUUGCAAUCCCGCUGUUGUCCACAGUUUACAUGGGGAAUGGCUCUGCCCUCGUCUUUGUGCUGUAUAUCGUUUACAUUGACUUCAUGAAUAACAUGGGGCACUGCAAUUUUGAGUUGGUGCCGAAGUGGAUGUUCCAAGUCUUCCCUCCUCUCAAGUAUCUCAUGUACACCCCAUCGUUUCAUUCUCUUCACCACACGCAGUUCCGUACAAACUAUUCACUCUUCAUGCCAUUUUACGACUACAUAUACAGCACUAUGGACAAGUCGUCUGAUGAGCUGUAUGAGAGCUCACUGAAAGGAACAGAGGAGACACCUGACCUUGUUCAUCUCACACAUAUGACCAACUUGCAGUCAGCCUAUCAUCUAAGGAUAGGAUUCGCAUCCAUAGCAUCCAAACCAUCUGACAACUCUGAGUGGUAUAUGUGGGCGCUCUGGCCCUUGGCAUGGCUGUCAAUGGCAGUAGCAUGGAUUUAUGGGUCAUCUGCAUUCGUGGUUGAGAAAAUCAAGCUAAAGAAGAUGAAGAUGCAAACAUGGGUUGUACCGAGAUAUAACUUUCAAUAUGGUCUGACAUGGGAUAGAGAAUCGAUCAACGACUUAAUUGAAAAGGCGAUAUUAGAUGCUGAUGUAAGAGGGGUUAAAGUGCUCAGUCUAGGACUACUGAACCAGGCAAAAGAGCUGAAUGGAAAUGGUGAACUAUUUAGACAAAAGUAUCCGAAAUUGAGAGUUCGGAUAGUUGAUGGAAGUGGAUUAGCAACUGGAGUAGUCCUAAAAAGCAUCCCUUUAGAUGCAAAACAAGUUUUUCUUCAUACAGGGACUUCUAAGAUAGCCCGUGCUGUUGCUAUGACAUUAUGUGGCAGAGGCAUCCAGGUGAUCAUGAAACAGAAGAAAGAAUAUGAUAUGCUCAAGUCACAGAUGCCAGAGAACAAAGCAAGCUAUUUGAAGUGCUCCAGUAAUAACGUAACCAAGAUUUGGAUAGUAGACAAGAUCGAUGACACAGAACAAAGGAUGGCACCAAAAGGAACAGUAUUCAUUCCUAUAUCGCAGUUCCCCCCUAAGAAAGUUCGCAAGGACUGCACUUACCUGAGCACCCCGGCGAUGAAGAUCCCUGAGACAAUGCAGAACAUCCACUCCUGCGAGAACUGGCUGCCAAGAAGGGUGAUGAGCGCGUGGCAUAUCGCCGGAAUACUCCACGUCCUGGAAGGAUGGAGUACGCACGAGUGCGGGGACGACAUGAUGGACGCCGAGAAGGCAUGGUCGGCUGCUAUCAGACACGGGUUCGUCCCUCUGACGAAAGCUUGACAGUGUUCUGAAGCCUGGGAGAUGAUAUGUAUCCGAUGCUAAGAUGGUGCUGAGAAUUGGUGCAAGGCUUCGAUUAAACCGAAGUUUCCCUGUUCGGUAGGACAGCUAAAUAAGCUAUGGUUUAGCUGAAAUUCUUUAGACUGGCUCUGGAUCUUAAGGAUAUGCGAUGUAAACGUUGACCGUAAUUCCAUUGGCUUAGUACUCUACUAUUUUUUG